CAGGGACUGGCUUCUGCCGCCUGGGUCUCUCGCAGACUCAAACCAACCAUUGUUUCCUGGGCCGAGGGCGGAGCGCCGGCGCGCGGCCAGGAGGAAGAGGGGGGCGUCCAAGACGCCGCUUGCCCGAUCGACAGUAUUCGGCGGCUCAUGACUUGGCUGGCUGGCAGGAGCGGCGGGGUUGAGUCGACUCUGCCGCUGCCGCCGCCGCCACAGACCCGGUAGCGGAUUUCGGUUACAACAGCAGCAGCAGCAGCAGCAGCAGCAGCGCGGAGCUCCGCUGAGAUUCCCGGCGGCUUUGGGCCCGCCUGAUGGAUCCGCCAAGCGGCGGAGGAGCAGGUGGCGGUUCGGCGCUGAGCUCCGGCGCCACUGCUGACUGGGGGAGCGUGGCGCUCGUCCCUGCUGCGGACACUGCGGUUCCAUCCGCGCGUCCCUCGCCACCUUGAGCGCCCCGGAGACGGCCGUCAAGACCCCUUGUCGCGGGACCCCCGACGAACUCGAAGCCGCGCCGACACCUCGCCCGACUCGAUGAGCAGCUGCUGCAUCUGGCCGCGGUCAUGGCUCCAAUUCCCACGUACCUCAAUCCGGCCGCCGUCCUGGUCCUGGUCAGCUGCGACCUGUGCCUUGUGCGCGCAAAUCGGCCCCCAUCGCCUGUCAACGUGACUGUCACACAGCUGAAGGCAAACUCAGCCACCGUCUCCUGGGAUGUGCCAGAAGGAGACGUCAUAAUUGGCUAUGCCAUUUCACAGCAGCGACAAGAUGGGCAAAUGCAACGAUUCAUCCGGGAGGUGAACACCACAAACAGGGCCUGUGUACUCUGGGAUCUGGCAGAGGAUGCAGACUACAUCAUUCAGGUCCAGAGCAUUGGCCUCCACGGAGAGAGUCAGGCUAGCAAGAGAAUCCAUUUUCGCACGUUAAAGCAAAGUGACCGACUUCCGUCCAACAGCUCAAACCAAGGAGACAUCACAAUGGAGGGGCUGGACAAAGAGCGGCAGCUGCAGACGGGGGAGAUUAUUAUCAUUGUGGUUGUGCUGCUUAUGUGGGCAGCUGUGAUCGCACUCUUCUGCAAGCAAUAUGACAUCAUUAAGGACAAUGAUUCCAAUAAUAAUAAAGAGAAGACCAAGCCUUCUUCAGAACAUAGCACUCCAGAGCGGCCCACGGGGGGGCUACUACGUAGCAAGAUUGCCUGAAGAGAAUCAAGUACCUCCAGUAUAGGAGAAUAAAGGAUAAGUUUUUGCUGACACAUGCUUUGCCUCAUAUUUAUAUCUGUGGCCCAUGUUCAACUUUUCAGUUAAGAAAAGUUUUUAAAUGUGUGCAAUCACUUUACAUUAUCAUUAUCUUGGUAUUAUCAUAUAUUAUCUAUUAUAUCAUCUAUCAUUAUCCUUACCUUAUUAUUUAUCUUACCCUGUGCUACUAAUUGCCAUUUGCUGUUCUAUUAUUCAAAUGCUUUCAAAUGGUGCAAUCAUUUUGCAUGGGCCCAGGAAUUAUUAGCUAUUGGAUGGAUUAAUAAAAUAGUGUGCGAGUGACACUGGAUCAUAUUAAAGGACCUUUUGUCCUGCAUUCCGUUGUCAGAGCAGACAGGCAUAUAUAUGAAACUAGUAAUAGAAUAUAAGGACAACCGAAUCCCCCAUCCAUUUGAAUAUACUGCUUCCCAAACUGGUUAGUUAGGCAUAAUGACUAGCAGCCAUAGUUUAACAACCAUGGAUAUAUAAAAUCAUUUUUAUAAGUAAUCUAUGUUGGUAACAAAUUGGUUCAUCUUUUGUUUGAAAAUUCCAUGUUUUCAUUUAGUAUCUAAUUAGUUAAGAUAUCAUUGAACUGGGCUUGACUUCUGCUAGAUAAAUACACAAACGUUCCAUAUCUCAACUUGCGUUUAAUAAUAACAUGCACAUGAUCCAGGCACAACACUGCAGCAAGCUAUAGUCACAUGGUCACCAUUUGAAGCCUUCCCUGCCAGCUUUUCACAAGUAAAGUCAAUAGGGGAGGGGGCAGGGAAAGUCAUAUUGCUCCUAUAAGUCACUCCUACCACUUUUUCUCCCAAGGACACCCACUAUGGAGUACAAGAUCCCAGGGAUUCUCUGCCUGCCCACACGCCAUAGCAGCCCCUUCCAGCGAACCUGUAUCUGUAGGGCCUGGCUGCAGCCUCUACCAGCCCGCCAAUGCUCAGAUGUGCCCACCUACAGCCAGCCAGCCAUGCUUUGCAGUGUCCAGCUACAGCAUCCCCCCAUGAUCCAUAGUGUCUGCCCAUGGCACCCCUUCAAGAUACAUGCACCACUACCCCAUGCACCUUGCUUAAGACUCCCAUCUUUUCCCAAUUAGCAACCUGAAGUUAUGAUGGCAACUGGGACUGCCAGGAUGGCUGUCACUAAGCAAUGAGGUCACAUGACAUUGAGGUUUAUGACUGCAUCAUGUAGCGAUGGAAAUUCUUGCCCCAAUUGCCACUGUAACCCAAGGACUACCUCUAUCUUGCAAUAAGAGUUUAGGUGACUUUGACCCUUUGAUAGAUUCUCUUCAUUCAAAUCUCUUCUGUUGUUGAGUGCAACAGAGGAACAGAAUCAAUCAAAGAAAUCAAAUGGGCAGAAAGGGAAUUGUAAGUAGAAGUUUAGAGGAGGAUCAGUUACAGCUGCACUUUUUAAAAACUUUUUAGCCUAAACAUCUCUCUCUCAUACAGAAGAAAUCACCAUCUAUCAAUAUCAUUGAAGUAUAGCUGUUGCCACACAGGCUUGAAGCACUCCAGAAGGCUGCUGGAACAUUGCUGGGCCCUGGGACUGGCUCUUCACCUGCAUGCAAAGAAUUAAAGCUUCUUGCCCUGAAGGAGGGAUCUGCAUGGAGCCAGCUGCCAAGACAAGGUGCAUGUAGAAGCUGGCCUCUAACUAACCUCUCGUCCUGAAGUUAUAAUAGAAACAAGUCUGGGCCGCAAGGAACAGCCAGCUGCAGAAGCCUUCAAACCAGCAGCAGGAAGCACUGGGAAGUGCUAACCUGGGAACAGACUUCAGUGAAGACUUCCUUCCUGCUGACAUGGGAAGCAGCAUUAUACUGGGCCACAUUUUCUUUCAACCCUGAAUGAGAACCUAAAGCAUGGCCUGCAGUCCUAAAACCCAGGCUCCAUGUCUCCAGCAAGUGGCAGAGAAACAAACUGCAUCUUGAAAUGAAUGAUGGAUACAAGGAUCACAAAGGUUUUCAACCUAUCCAGUAGUCUGCUUUCAUCAAGGAGUGGAGAAAAAGAUGAACUCUAGAUUGUCCUUAUCACCCCAUCCCAACCAUUAGUGAGAAUUUAAUUCCAGAGCCUAUUCAGAGAAUACGUUACUCUGAAGAGCAGUAGAAAGAAGCAGCAUCAUUGUGAGCUUCUAGAGUUACCUUCUCUUUCAGAGUACUUACCACCUACUAUCAGAAUUGCCAUAAACUAUCAGUUCUUUAUAAAGUUGUUUUGCUCCUGUAAUCUCCCUUGUGCCAUACAAUGUGCCAAAUAUCCCCAAAUCUAUACCCCAAUUGAGAAGGCUAUUCCUUAUUCCUGUGCCUCUAUCCCUCACCAGGACCACAAAGAGAGGAGCUGAAAGAAUGUCGUCUUACAUACUAGGGGAAGAGCCACAUUUAUACAACAUUCUCACCAGCUAGCAUUUCCUAUUUGUAACAAGCUCUUAGUCAAAUUGGUAAUGCCAGCAGAGAAUCAGAUCUCAUUCCCAAAACCAAGCCUGAAACCAGGAAGCAGCCACAUGAAUCACCGGUGGCACAGAAAUACCAGCAGCAUUCCUUGUCUUCCAAGAAUCCUAGCCAUUCCCUAGCUAAGAGUAUUGCGCUCUAGACAGUAGAGCAGGGCGUGAUUACAUAGGAGACUAGAAGAGCUAUGGAACCAGCACCCAUUUAUCCUUCACAUGUUACUGACUGUAGGGUCACGCAAAUGUGCCAUUCAGGUAUUUUCCUAUAAAAAAUGCUGACACACAUGAAAAAUGAGGCAGAAUUGCCUUGUACAUUGGUAAGAGUGAAAAUUUUCACUGCUGGUGAAUUCUCUAGCCAAUGGUCAUAGCUGAGCUGGUAUCUGAAAUCAUAUCAACAUUUACAUUUAACAAAACUAAGCCAAUUGCAUUGCCCUAACACAGAGAACAAUCACAUACUGCUUUUUAUAGCAUUGAAGCCACAGAUAUAUAUAGUUAUCCCCUCUUUUGGCUACAACAUACUGAAAACAAAACCUAAGAAAUAAAAUCCACAUCUGCAUUUACAUAACAGACACCCAAAAUAACCAACAUUUCAUCCCGAUCAUUUAUACAAAGUCAUAUUAGUUUGUGGUUCAGCAGGAAGAGCAAACCCGCAAAAUGAGACUGAACCACAGUUUGCUCAGUCAUGGAUAAUCAUAUUUUUAGAAUGUAUUUAAUAUUAGAAUCAAAUAACUUUUAUUUUCAAAAGGCAGGAGAAACUUUUGGCUUUGGCUAUGAGGGUCUCCCUAAAACAAGUUUCAAAACUAGAAAAAAAAAAAGAUACAUUCAUUAUAAUGACCAUACUUGUGUGCACACACUCUUCUCUAGGAAUUGCUUCAAACAGACCAGCUGAAAUGUAUUGUACAAGAUGUGGGGGGGGGGGAAUUGCUUGGUCCACAACAUACGUUUUAGUCCCAAACAGCUUGACCGAGCAUCUCCUUUUUGGCCUCAAGUAAUGAGAAUGACUUGAAAUCAAGAGUUGAUAAGGAUGUUCAUUAACAAACCCCAUUCAUUGUUUUAUUUCUUCAAAGUACCCAGUAACAUAUAGUAUAUACAAUUUCUUGAUCCCCUCCUGGAAGUAAGUGUCCGUGCUGAGACUAGAGGAUUUAUCAGAACUCUGAAAGAUCCGUAAGUUUCCUCUCCUGAAAAGACUCAAAAGACUGCUACCAAAGAGGAGCAAUUAGAGAGGGAAUGCAGAAAGAACUCACUGAAGAAGAAUCUGCUUAGAGACACUAACAAAGACCAAACAAUUUCAUUUCAUGUAGACCAAGAGAUACCAUGACACAGUCAAAGGCCAGGUGCUGCUUCUGCCCCUCCAUCAGAAUGGUCAAGAAAAUAG